UCUAUGCUCUAAGCAUGGAACUAUGGGAGAACUGAGGUUAAGUGUUUGAUUUUAAAUUUGUAAGGAAAGAACUUGUAAUUGUGUAAAGUGAUAUGGCAAAGUUAAGAAAAGUACGACGAAGGAAGAAGUUUCGUUAUAACAUAAACAGGAAAAGAUUGAGGAAUAAAAUUAACAACUGUGGAAAAAUUAGUUGUAAAGAGAUUGCUGAUCAAUGGGAAAGGCAAAAGUCUUUCAAAACUAAUAUUAAAGAAAUGGGACUAUCGAUCAACCCAAAUGAGUGUGUUAAAAUAAAUAAUAAUCACAAACCAGAGGAAAAAAUUAAUAUUAAGACUCCAAAUGAUGAUGAAUGGUAUGUGGAAACUGAAGAGGUUCAAGAGGACAUUCCAGCUUCUAAAAAAAUUGUGGCUGAAAUGUUAUUAAAAGAAGCAAAAGCUCCUCGAGCUAAAGGUUUGAGGUUACCUGGUUCUGUUGUAGAAUGGGUAACAUAUUUGAUGGACAAGUAUGGCAGUGACUAUAAAGCUAUGGCGAGAGAUAAAAAAAAUAGGGACCAAGAAACAUGGAAACAAAUUAGAAGGAAAAUUAAAUUAUUCAAGAAUAUAGAAGAGCAAUAUUCUGAAUAUUUGAGGAAGAGAGGAAUACAAAGCAUUGAAAGUGAUUUUUCUUCAGAUGGUGAAUUAUAAAUUUUUACCAAAUGAAGAACACUGUAAGCAGGCCUAUUUACAGAACAAAGAGCUAUGGAGGUGCAUAGACAUUGUCUUAAUGUCCAAAAUAAUAAAAAUUUUUUGUGACAGUGAUACUUAAUUGCUGACAAAAUUUUGUAUGUUUUGAUUUAUAUUGAAUGAAGAAAAUUUUCAGAACAAUUGAUUUUAUUGAAGAAAUAGAAACAUGAAAUAAUAAAUAAUAUCCUUUAUCGCAACUCAUCAUGCGUGUCGAUAAGACAGCUGUCUCCACGCCUCCCUGUCUUCAGUGGUCCUCAUUACUUUCUGCAAUUGUAUGUUAGUCAGAGUUUUUUUUUAAUUAAUUUUUUUUUGUUAAUGACUCAUUAAAUGAAUAAAUUUAUAUUUUCACCAAUA